AUGGAUCCGAACCUCGAGUUUGUUGAUUUGGAAACCAAGCGUAAAAAUUUGUUCCAAAAGUCGGUCAAUAAUUACAAGAAACCGUUUCAGUCCAAAAAUGUGUUUGUCAAGUCGUUGGUCAGCUUUUGUCCGUCGAUUAACUGGCUUCCCGGCUAUAGCUUGGCAAAGUUUUUUCAAGAUUUGUCCGGCGGGCUGACCGUCGGCAUCAUGAAUGUGCCACAGGGUAAAAUAUAUUACAAUUCCUCCAUUUUUUUUGCUUUAGUAAUUUUUUGGCGUUUUUAGGUUUAAAAGGUAGGAUGCCGUUAUGAGAAAUACUAAGGAAGGUAUUUUGUGUUUAUUAUAACAAAAGUUUCCUUUAUUGGUCGUUUUAUACAUUCAAACAGGGUUGAUGGAACUAUUACAAUUGAAAUUGUUGACUUGAACAAAAGCUUUUUUUAAAUUAUGUUGACUAUAACAAGUUUACUCGGUAAGUCUAUAAAAUAAAGCAAACUCUCAAGGCAGUCAUCAACCCUUUUAUAUGUAAACUUCAGUUAUAGUCAACAACAAAUCUAGUCCCAACAGCCCUAAUUAAAUGCAAAAAAUGAUAAAAGAAACUUUUGCUAUAGUAAGCACAAGGUUGUCAAUCACUCUGUUUCUUAUAAAUUUAGCCAGCUAAUGAUAAAAAUACGAGUUUUAAGAGUUUUAUCUUCAUAAUUAGCCCAAAAUUUAUUAUCAUAUUGAAUUUAGGCAUAUUAAUGUUUUAAAAUUCAAGUCUCUUUAAAAACAUAUCUAAUCCUUGAACUAUGUUGGUUAUUAUAAAUAUUGUCAUGACUUUUACUAACUUUUCAAUAUUACUUCAGGAAUUGCCUACGCAGUGUUGGCAGAACUCCCACCGGUGAAUGGGCUUUACACAGUGCUACUUUCUUGUUUAAUCUUUCCGUUUUUGUCUUCAUGGCCACAUGGCUCUUUGGGUAAGUCUAUUAUUAUUGUUUAUUAUUGAACAUAAUAUCGGCAUGCCAACUAGCUUAACUUUAUGACAUUUUUAUUAGAACAGGCUUAUCCUUAAAAUGCUUAUUAUUAAAAAUUAAGGAUAAGCUGACUCUACAAGUUUGCUUUACAAAAUUUUGUACUUUAGAUAUUGUGCUUUGUAUUUGCUAUAUUUAGAUUUAUAGUGAUAUCUCUUCGUAUUUUCGUUUUGAAAUUGAAUGAAAAUAUAAUUUUUUUUCAAAAACAUAAAAAAAAACAAAAUUUUUGCCGAAAAUCAUCUAUAACAUACAAAAACAACACCAAAAUCCCCUUAUUUCAGGACCAUUUGCCGUGGUCGAAUUAAUGUGUGGAGCGUUAGUAAGAAAACUAAUGAAUGAUACAAAACUUGGUCUUCAUACAAACCCAACUGAAAUUGUGUCAACCCUAACUUUCUUGAUUGGAAUAUGUCAUAUUGCUUUAGCAUGUCUUCGUAUCACUUUUAUCACUGAAUAUUUUUCUGGAGCAUUAGUUGGCGGAUUUGUUACUGGUGCUGCGAUUCACGUACUCAUUUCUCAGUUUGAUUCGUUUAUGGGAAUCAUGAAAAUUCGAAAUACUGGGGUCUUGUAUUUGUUUAAGGUAAGAUGUAUUACUGAUUUUGAGAAUUUAGGCUAUGAAAUGAAAGUUUAUAUUAUAAUAUAACGUAACUAUCAAAUGAAUGAGUAAUCUGAAUCACAAAAUCAGGUCAAAUUGUAAUGUUAAAUAAUUUCAAAGCCUUAUCUCAAUUCAAAACUUUCCUUUUCCAAUAUCUUUGGCCCUCAUAAAAUUAACUAAAUUUUCAGAACUUAUUCGAAAUAAUAAUGCAGAUACCCAAUACCAACCUGGUCACACUAACCAUAGGCAUACUAUCAGUCUUAUUUCUACUGGUCGGCAAGUUAAUAAUAACCCCUUUGCUCAUCCGAACCUUCAAAAAGAAGAUCAUGGUACCAUAUGAACUAAUUCUAGUGAUAAUAGCCACUAUCUUAUCCUACUUUCUCCAAUUCAACAAACGCUACGCAGUAAAAAUCGUUGGAGAGAUUCCACAGGGAGUGCCUACGCCAAUACUGCCUAGUAUUCAACUGUUUGAACACGUCAUAAGUGAUGCAGUAGCGAUUACAAUAGUAAUGGUAGCUGUGCAUUUAAGUAUGGCGACUGUAAUGAGUGAAAAGAAAGGGUAUACGGUAGAUGAUAAUCAGGAGAUUUACGCUGUUGGAGCGACUUUGACUAUCAGUGGACUUUUUCCAGUCUUUCCGGCCGCUAAUGGCUUAGGAAGACCUUUGCUGCUACAUGAAUGUGGCGCUGUUAGUCAGGUAGGGCUUUCUGCAACAAGAUUUCUUACCUCUCAAAGAAAUUACAUUAAAAUUGACUACAAUACCUACAAUUAUUCCUAGGAGUCUGACUGUUCCUAGCCCUGACCUUCUAGCCCCGGAUCUAGAUCUCACACCCUACAUUGGUUAAAAAUAGAGAAAACUCGCUUUAAAACAUCAAAAUGACAUUUUUCAGAUGGCCAACUUGAUUGCAUGUGCAUUCAUAUUUGUCGUCGUCAUGUUUUUCGCCUCUUUCUUUUACUGUCUUCCUAUGACAGUAUUGACGGCCAUUAUUUUGGUAGCCCUGAGAAACAUCUUACGAGGUUUCAAAGACAUUGUCACCUACUAUCGCAUAUCUAAAUACGAUUUUGUAAGUUUUUAAAGCUCAAAAGUGUUGUCUAAUAUCAUGUAUCUGUUAAUCUCACAACUAUUGCCUAAAAAUAACUAGAAACAUGAAAAAGAUUUAACAUUACGCCCUAAUUAAACCUAUAUCAAAUAUAAAGGGACCUCACACAAACAUUUCAGUUCUUAUGGGUAGUCGCCUUCCUAGGAACAGUACUAACCGAUGUUAUCACUGGCCUAAUGAUAGCCCUUUGUUUCCAACUUUUAAUCGUCACAUUUCGAACCCAAUUUCCACGAUGGGAAGCUUGCUUCUCGAAACGAAAAACCAAAAUGGACUUGUGUAUAUUCAGAUUCGACUCAAUGUUAAUAUUUUCAAAUGCGCGUUACUUCAAGAGAUCUGUGCUUAAAACACUAAAGAAAUGGAAUUCACAAGGAUUGGGGAGGGUGAGCUUAUAGUUAAGACUAUGUAAAACGAGCAUCAUACUUAAAAAAACCAUUUAUAGACAGCAAGGAUGUUCAUUUUCGAUUUCUCUGGUAUCUCUCACAUCGACACAUCUGGAUUGAAAGUCCUAGAAGAGACCGUUCAUGUCAUCAGAAACUCAGCAGCUUCUGUAGACUUUGUGGAAGCCUCAGGUACGCUGCACACAACUAUUUAACUAGACUUUUAGUUCUUAAAAGCCUUAUUAACCUCCACAACAAAAAUUGACUGUAACUUUAGAUCGAAUAACCUAAUUACACUGAUAGCAAUCAUAUAUGUACAUGUUAUCAUAUAUAUGACAUUUCAUAUAAAUUACUUUCAAAUCGAUUUCAGAUGCCGUAAAAUCACAAAUGCUAAAAACCGAUUCCAUUUUAACAGAAUGUGGUUUCUUUGCUACAGCAGAAGAACUUAUUUUUGACUCAAGAGUACCAAUAGAAUCAACCGGACCGAUUUCCGUCAUCUCAAAUAACCCUUUCGAUUUCGCUGAAUCCGAAAUAUGA